AUGGGUGUACCCAUGCCAACAGAGGAGAUUCUGCAACACACACUUAGCAUGCUGGUACAUGAGCGUAAGAUCUACCCAACUUCUGAUGGCUAUUUCAUUGUCACACCUCAAACCUAUUUCAUCACUCCAAGUUUAAUCCGAACUAGCUCGAAAUGGUACCACUUAGACGAGCGAACAGCCGACCGACACCAGCACCAAAAACAACAACAGCAUCAGCAAACUCAGUGCACCUCCCCUCUUUCUGGUACCAUACCCCCAUCCACCUCAGGAGGGCUUCGAGAUCGAACGCACCAAAAGUCCACCCAAAACCACUGUGCAGUUGGUGAAGAUUGUUUUUACAUCAGCAGUUAUCGUGCAGAUGACCCACCUAGCCACCACACUACUCUGCAGCGUCGAUCUCCUAAAGACCACAGGGAGGUGUUCUCAUCACAGCACUCCUCGCAGACACCACCGCAGCAAGCAGGAGGCAGCACUGAAAAGAGUCGCAGCUCCCUUGGAUUCUCAUUUAAAGCGGACACACUCGCCAAGCACCGAGGAGGGGUUGCUGGGGGUGGAGGAGCUGCAGACCUGGAGAAACAAGCAGCUGGAAGUGGUACAGGUGGGCGGAAGUUCGGUUUGAAGUUGUUUCGUUUAAGUUUUAAGAAGGAUAAGGCGAAGCAGUUGGCUACCUUCUCUGCACAGUUUCCCCCAGAGGAAUGGCCACUCCACGACGAAGAAGAGCCAUGCCACCUGCCGCGACAGGUAGAAAUGGAGAUUAUACGUAGAAUUAACCCUGAUCUGACCGUGGAAAACCUUGCCCGGCAUACAGCAGUCAUGAAACGACUUGAAGAAGAGCGAGCUCAGAGGAGCAAAGCGUCAUCAGCCAAUCAGAGCUCCAGGAGUAGAAGAAGUGGGGGUAAGCACAGAAAGCAAUCUCAACCCAAAUCUAGCCGCUCACAGAGCAAGUCAAGGGCAUUCUGCUUUGAGCCAAGUGAUGGUGCCCACUUGGAGCAAGCUGAUAGAGAGUUCCGAGGUUACUCAUCUUCACUGGCUAGAUUACCAAGAGAACAAGCCCUGGCCAUGGAACGGCAAAGGACUCGGCUUCAUCUUGCACACAGCAUCCCCAACAUUCUUGACUUUUCGCAUCUGCCUGUCACACCAGAGUGGGAUGUAUCUGGAGAGCUUGCUAAGCGACGCAUGGAAAUGCCUUUCCCUGAGCCAAGCCAUGGUCCAUCAGUUCAUCAUUCCAAAGUCCACCGUUCACACUCUCACACCCAAGAGAGGAAGUCCAGAAAUGAACGCAGUAGCAAGGCCAAGGAACGCUCCAGAUCUAUGGACAACUCUAAAGGACUAAUUGAUCCUGGAUUGAUUAAACCACCUGACUAUUAUGAAGAUCGUACUCGUUACUACUCUGAAGACGGCACGCAGCGAGCCAAUCAGAGCUCCUCUCACUAUCCUCUUGCAACCCCCCUUAUAUCUAAGGGAGCAGCAGAUUCUCUUGGUUUAGAUGGUGGCAGGAACUUUGAAAAUAAUACGAGCAAAGACAGCUUGCCAGCCUACUCACCCAAGCCAUUGCUUAUCUCCAACCCUACAGAUGAUUAUUUCCCGUGCUCUGGUAACCCUGAGGUUACUCUUACAAAAGAAAACACACUGGGAACUCUUGGUAAAAUCAACCAUGAAGGAUUGAAAUCAAACAUUACUGACAGGCAAACAGAUAGGCAUACAUCCCAUCCAGUAGAAAAUAAGGAGGACCUGCCAAAGGUGGGACCUAAAGGUAGCAGCCUGCCUCUAAUACCUCUCUCCUUACCUGACCCUUCCACUUCUAAUGGACAACUUCCUCACGGUACUUCAACUAGUUGGGAGAAACACAAAGAGGUCUUUAAUAAAGACACACUUUUCAAACCAGCUCCCAGCCUCUGUUUAUCUGGCUGCAGCUCUUUGAGAAAAACCACAGGUCUCGCCUCAAUUACUCUGUCAUCAUCCUGUGAUGCUCUUGAGUCCCACAAAGGCUUUGAUGCUCCCAAACCACUAGUGGUAACACCAUCUGCUCCUACCCAGGGAAUAGAGCCCACAUCCAAUGCUGCAGUGGCCUCUUUUGACUACUACAAUGUCUCCGAUGAUGAGGAACUCGAGGAUGGGGGUGCUAAAAGUAAAGAUGGGGACGAGAAAACAAAAGGACCUGUUCCUGGGCUGGAAAGACGUGAAGCAGGGACUAUGCAGUGGCUGUUGGAGAGAGAGAAGGCAAGGGAUCUGCACAGGAGGUUUGAAAGAACCCUUACUUUCUCUGGUGUUAAAGAUAACCAUCCUGAGCCACAUCAGACCCAGCAAUCAGCCCACUCUGGUAGACUAGACAGUAUGGACUCCAGUUCGGUCACAGUUGACAGUGGAUUCAACUCACCACGAACACGAGAGAGUUUAGCAUCGAACACGUCGUCGAUCGUGGAGCGUAACCGACGUCAGAACAUGGCGCUGAGCCCUGGACACCUCGGCAUCACCGGUGGCAGCGGGCCUCCUUUUUCUUUCCACACCAUUUCAGAACCUACUAGCACCCAAGCAGAGAAGAUCCAAAAGCCCAACGCUUGCCUUGCAUCCAUUACAAGCGUGUAG